AUGACGCCGGUGGACAUGUCGAGGGCGAUGGCCGGGCUGUUGCGAAUGCACCAGAGCGAGUUGGAGAUGCAGUCGCGACCAAGCGAGGAGGAACGCGAGCGCUUGCAGACCCCCCCCCCCCCCCCCAUCACUACGAAGGAAAGUAUUGUGUACGGUCUGGGUUACGAGACUCCCGCUGAAUUAAUCACGUCGUACCGGGAGGCGCUGGGGAUGCGACCCCACCUGGAUGACCAGCACCGAUCCCAGGCACAGGAGAUCCGAGAUUUGAGCCAGGAGCUUGAACAAGCCGGGGGUCUGAUGUGA